CAGACGGACAGUGAACCUCGUCAACUUUUCUCAAAGCUUCACCAUGAGUACAACACCAGCUGAAGAAGUGACCUACGACUCCGUGACCCCCGAUAGUGGUGUCCAUGAGAACUUCAAUGCCCUCUCGGCAGAGGAGCAGGAGAAGCAGCGUGAGGAGUGGAAGGCAGAGCUCACCAAGACAGAAGAGGAAAUUCAGACUUUGCGCCAAGUUCUUGGCUCCAAAGUGAAGCAUGCACAGGACCUCAAACGUCGCCUUGGAAUUACUGUGUGGCGAGAGUUUACUGAAGAUUUCAACAAUUCCAUGAAAUCUGUUCGUGAAUCUCAAACGGUGCAGAAAGCUAAUGAGGUCAUCACUGAGUUCCAUGAGGCUGUUGCAGCUGCCCCACUGUACCAGAAGACAGCCGGUGCCAUGAGUGCCGUGGGAGAGAAGACGUCCUCGCUGUUCGGGGGCAUCGGCGCCAAGUUCGGCCAGCUGAAGGAGACCCCGACGUUCAAGUCCUUCGAGGAACGGGUCGGGGGCGUCUACAGCGCAGCCAGGACUCGUAUGGGAGGUUCAGGCUCCAACUCAACACAGGACUUCGAGGAGGCUCUCAAGGAGGCUGAAGGAGAGAAGGCUGCCCUGGAUGCUGCUAAUGGUGGAACAGUGCCAGCAUCCACCACUCCAGGCACUGAUGUCAGCCAGCCUGCUGCAUCAUAAACCACUUCCUGCUACCAUCACCACCACUAACACCUGCACUUUGCCACCCACUGCACCCCAUCACCACAGAAAAAUAGAUAAUGAUAAGAGUUUUAUGGAUAUAUGAGCCCUAUAGACUACUAUCAGAUAUCAGUAUUCUAUGAUUUGUAGCUUUACUUUUAAACUCAUUAGUGGGAUGCAUAAUUUCUUUAGGUUCAAGAUGCCAUGAAAAUGUAGAUUACUUUAGGUUACAAUCUUUGGCUAAUACUGUUACUACUACGACAAUUUCUAGGUCAUAAUGAUCUGUAGGUGAAGUUUAGGUCCCCAAUCAGAGCUUUCAGAGUUAAGGGCAUGAUUAAUUUCAUUAUGAUUUCUUGGUCUAGGGCAUGAUUUUCUUCUUAGGGUGUGUACUACAUGCCCAUUAUGACUUAUGGAAAUAAUGCCACCUUUGGCUGUUUCAGAGAUCAGAUGCAAUAUUUGAACAAUAACAGUUUCACAGACGUAGGUUUCAUAGCUAAACUUUUUUUUCCAAACAUAUGUUAAAAUGCUUCCAUUACUGCAUCUGUUUUUAUAAGGAUAGGGGCCAUAAUAAAAGAUAGCCAGAAGUGGAGAGUUGUCUCUGAAAAGGGUGAGUACUGUCAGCUUGCAGUAAGAACAAUGCAGUGAUAAAGGCAGAAAUGUGUAAUUUAUUUGAAUUUGCCUGAAAGCAGAACAGACUGUGGUAUUCACAGCUUUAAGAUGACUCCCACAGACGUCAGAGGUUAUCCACAUUAUGGUGCAUUAACCAGUGACCAAAGGUGUAGGGUGGCUUAGGUACUAAUUAUUCAUAGGCUGCCUUGUUAAAAUAUAUCACUAAAAUUGUGGAAUAUAGGGAAAAUCAUAUUAAGUUAUUCACAGUUGAUGUUGAUAAGUUUCCUACUCCUUAUGCAGUUGAGUUAACUUUAGAAUACUGUCUGUUGUUACAUGAAUUAUAUGGAUAUUGAUACAAGUGUGGAUGUUACAGGAGAUGUGAGGUUGAAUUUCAUGUUCCAUGUAAUCUCUCUUUGAUUAUUAUUUGAUGGUGUGAAUAAUUUAGUAUAAUGUCUCCAUAGUAUAAGUGUUUGAAUUUUAUAGUGGGAUAGCAUUAUAUUAUAUUCUUUUUGUAUUAUUGUGUGUUUUAACCAUUAUUUGUAUUUAAGUUUUAUAAUCUCAUGAUCUGAAUGUGAUUAGGUGACUGCACUAGAUUUAACAAACAAAUCAGUCAGGAGAUUGAGUGAUCACUCCUUUCAUGGCUUUAGUAAACCUAAUAAAAAUUUCUCAUAUAAUAAGUGUAAAAUUCAAUCAUUUCCUAACAACUGACUACUCAGUAUGCAAACAAAUGAAUGUAUGCUGUAUUAUCCUUCCACUGUAAAUAGAGGAUGUAAAAAGCUGUUCACUGACUUGCAUUCUGAGUAGAUUUAGGAAGUAUCUUUGUGCUGAAUAAGAAACAUACUUUAGGGUUUGCCAUAUGUGAACUAUUCCCAGGGAGUUCAUAUGGAAAAACCUUUAUAGUAAAUCCCCAGGAAUGAGUAGACCCCAUCAGUAUAAUGCUGUGACAUUCCCAUACUAGACUGUAGUCAACACUCCAGGUCUCCACAAAGCUGUGUUAGCAUGAAAUGUUUAAUGUUAUAUAUAAUAUUUAUUUUUUUGAAUACUUACCUUUAAAGUUUAUUUUGUACAGAUGCAUUUUUCAAAUUGUAUGUGCAGUGUAACUGGAAAAUAAUUCAGCUAAUAUUAGGUGUAUUUUCUUAUAGUGAGACUGUAAAAAAAAUCAUAUCAUUAUUCUAUGUAUAGAAAAGUUAUUUAAGAUUUAUUAAAGCUUCUUUUACAUGGGUGUCAUCUUUGAGAUACGGAGUAGAAUUUUGAUUUGGGUUAAUUGUGUAGGCCUGGAGUUUUUACACCUUGUGUUGCUUGUGGAAGUAGGGGAAAUGAGAUGGUUGUUGUUUUUGCUGUUGUACUCCCAGUUAUUUGAAAUGUAGUUGGAAGAAAG